AUGGGAUCAGUUUGUUGUGUUGCUGCAAAGGAUCAAACUAUUUCCACUAGAACUGGAGGUGAGAGUUUUCACAGAAAUCCUACAUGUUCACCAUCGUUGAGUUUUCAAUGGGAUAGAUGGAGCCGUGUUGCUGGUGAAAUUGAUGAUCUUUCAUUUCUAACGUCUCGGAGAGUCAGUAGAAGUGUCAGCAUGGAGUUAAAGGGGUCUUUAAGUUCUGAAAGAGGCAAUUUAUCUGAUGUGGGGAGCACUCUGGAGAACUCUGUAACACCCAUGUCUCAAAAGUCUCCUAUUCAUGAGCAAUUGGGUGCGAGUCAGAUGACUCUAUCUUCAGAUCUAUCCAUGUCAAGUAAUUGUUCUACAGCGGUGAAGAAACUGACAGAAUCACCAGAGAUUGCAGAAUCUUCAGUACCAAAUCUUUCUUUUUCAAUACCUUCUUAUUUCUCAACACCUAUAACUUGUAAUCUAAAUCAUCACAAUCUUCCUAGCUCAACACCAUCUAGAUGGGCUCAUCGAUCUCCAGGACACCCGCUGCUGAGACAGAUUUCUGAUAGUAGAAUCCUGGGUCUGAAAUCGCCCGACAAUUCAAUUUCUGAGGGAAGGCCAUCGUUUGUACUGUCCACUUGCAGCAAUGACAUGAUAACUGGAUCCCAAUGCGGUUCAUCUGAUGGCUGGUCUAUGCGCACCUUUUCUGAACUGGUGGCAUCAUCUCAAAAGGAAAGGUGGUCAUUCGACAGCGAGCAUUUAGGUUCAGGUCGCCACAAGAUAAGUGGAACUAGUAGUAGGUUCUCGUAUUCUCCCUCCAUGGAUUUACAAUCUUGCGGGGCCUGCUCGAAGCUCUUGACCGAGAGAACUGCAUGGAGCAGCCAGAAAUUUAUUUCCAACAAUGACCUGUCAGUUGUUGCUGUACUUGUCUGUGGUCACGCGUAUCAUGCGGAAUGCUUGGAGACCAUGACAUCAGAAGCAGAUAGUUACGAUCCCACAUGUCCAAUUUGCAUGGUUGGAGAAAAGCACGUGUCGAUGUUAUCCAGAAAAAGUCUCAAGGCUGAAUCAGAAAUGAAGGGCAAGAGCUACAAGAUAUCCAGAAACCGUGUUGUUGAUAGCUACUUUGAUAGCGGAUUAGAUGUUUAUAAUCGGCAAAAAGAUGUAGUUUCGAAAUUGGAGCCUAGUUCAAGUUCAAGGAGUUCAUUAAGAAAACCCUUCUUGAGGCGACAUUUCUCAUUGGGAUCGAAGUGGAAUCGAUCCCAGUCUGAGAAUGAUUCUGCCAGGAAGAAGGGUUUUUGGGCAAGAUAUCGCAAAGAUUGA